ACAUCAUCGCGACUACCACUCCAGGGCUCGCACGCACCGCCGACAAGCGACACCUCUGGCUGGUUCUGGACGGGCCUCCCACUCCCGACAACCAAGUCACAAGUUCCCCCCACAGUCGCUUGAGGCGCGCGACUCCACCAUCCAAGCCUUGGUUCUUUUCAUGCGACCUGAAACAGCGCCCCUGAUAGUCAUAUCAACCCCCCGCCCGGCUUGCGUCAAAACAUACCGACCAGGUCUCUCGAUCGCAGUCCCGCUUCCUCUGCCGCACCCCUCUCGAGCCCUCAUUGCACCACCAGAAUCAUCUCGUUACCAUUCCACCGACGCGUUGAUCGCGUUGCGCUGACAUAAAGACGGACCACUCGUUUAGUCUAGUAGACAUCACCAUGUCUGCAUUUCACUUCAUGGCCCGGAAGCGAGGUCGCGAUGACGAUUCAGACUCGGAUUUCGAUGAGGAAAGGUACCUCAAGAAAUCCAGACCGGGCAGCAACGAGCCGACCAACCAUGACCAGUUCCAACACCAAUCGCUGUCGACCCCACCAAGACUCUUUACAGACAUCCGGUCUAUGACACCGGCACAUUCAGAACAUGGAGGAGCGAAUUCGCCGGAUUCGAUAUAUGGUGGACCUGUCUGUAUAUCAAGAGAAUCAAGUGGGAUGGACAUGGAUAUGGACAUGGACGACGAUGACAUGGAUGUUCGGAGUCAGCCGCCAGAGUCGCCCGCCUUCAACUCGUUUGGCAACCACUUCAUGCGACCGCCCAUGCUCCAACCAUCGCUAUUCAACUCAGAUGCCGUCAAGAACAAUAGUCGGAUACCCACACCCAUACACCCGACUUUUAAGAGAGGAGGGAUGAGCGGAUUGGGAUACCCGAUGAGCGGGUCAGCCGGUGGCAUAGCUAUGAACAACUCGAAUGUACCCUCCAUGCAGGCACCUCCACCAGCCUGGAAGGGACAGAGGCAGGAUGUAGACGACGAUCGGACUAGACGCAUGCCUUCACCCAUAUCCGAGGACGAUGACAUUCCAGAUACGCCGACUGCUUUCACCCAAUCACAACUAUCGCGACUUAGUUUUUCGCACACCAGUACGGCCGAUCAGAUGGAUACCGAGUCAUCCUCCGCCUUGGCCCCACCUUCGACGCCUCGCGGAAGGAAACGAAGCGGUGCUUUGACCGGUAUGGGACGUUUCAGUAUGGGUUACCGGGAAGACUGCGAGAAAUGCAGACAGCGGGUUCCAGGUCACUAUUCACAUUUCCUACCAUAGAGAAGGUGGACUUAAAGACAGUGAACUCGGAUCACUGGGGUAUGACUGCAUGGCGAACCUUGGUACUUGCCCAUGACAUUAUCAUCACGACUUUCACCUACACGGGUUCUUCAAACUUCGUCAUCAUUGCUAUCCACCCUUAUGGCGUGGCGUUUUCAUGCCUCAUAAUCGGCGUU